CUCUACCGAUAAUACAUGCUCGAUACGCUAGUGCAAAGAAGAAUGUGAAGAAAAAUGAGGAGCUCACCCGAUUCCAACAGCUAGAAAAAGAUCAUGGGCGGAUGCUGUCCCUCAUCGGCUCGAGGGUGAACGCUGUCAGUGCUGAAUUUGCAGAGCAACUAGGCGACUCCUCGAAAGACGUCUCCGUCGCGAAACAACUCAAGGGCAUCCGUCCCCUCAAGGAUGCAUGGUCCGAAUGGUCUCAUCUUCGCAAGGCAUUAGAUGAUACCGUUGCUCUUCUGGAUGACCCUUCCAUGCGCGAACUUGCCCAAGAAGAACAUCAUUCCCUCAUUACUUCCUUAACAGCGCACCUCCAGUCGACCUUUCCAUCCCUUCUCUUCUCCGCAUCUUCCUCAUCAUCAUCAACCGCACAUCUAUCUGCCCUGAUUGAGCUCAAAUCCGGUGUCGGAGGCUCCGAGUCAUCACUCUUCGUCUCUGACCUCCUUCGGAUGUACAUGCGCCUCUCGCAUGACCGGAAGUGGCAGCCGACCGUCCUGAACGCGAACGAGAUCGACACUGGUGGCCUGAAAGAUGUCAUCUUGGAAGUUAAAGGGGAGGGUGCCUAUGAGGCUCUCAGAUGGGAGAGUGGGGUGCACAGAGUCCAGAGAGUUCCGGCCACAGAGGCCAGCGGAAGAGUGCACACGAGCACUGUCGCCGCUGUGGUUCUUCCUUUGAGUGACGGAGAGUCCAACGAUCGAGACGAUGAACUGUACAAGAAGGAGGACGUCAAAGUCGAAACCAUGCGUGCUCGUGGAGCUGGUGGACAGCACGUUAACAAAACUGAGUCAGCGAUCAGGCUCACACAUACACCUACCGGAAUAACGGUUUCCAUGCAAGACGAACGAAGCCAACAUGAGAACCGCCGACGCGCCUAUCAAGUUCUUUCUGCUCGUCUCAUGGACCUCAAACUGACAAAAGAACAGGCCGAUCGACGAGCCGUACGACGCGACCUCGUCCGCACAGCAGACAGGAGCGAGAAGAUCAGGACGUAUAAUUUACCUCAGGACCGUGUAACCGAUCAUCGGCUGGGCAAAUCUGGCAUGUCCUGGGGGGACGUUAUGGAACGCAAUGGGCUCGAAGACCUCAUCGAAGGUUUGCAGGAGAGGCAUCAGAAGGAGGUCGUCGAGGAAGUGUUGGCAGAAUGGGAAGAAGCAGAGAAGGGAAGGGCGAAGUAGUUCCACUGGAGAUCAUGCGGCCUUCUCAGUGGCAAGGGGGGAAGCGGCCAUUGGCGUUGUUCUGGGUAUUUAUCUAUAUAUCUUCUUGUCGUGAUCUCACUCCUCUGCCCACGUUAGCUUGAAGCGGAAGCUCGGCCAAUUUAGAGCAUGCU